GCGAUACUCGGUGUUAAAACAACACACACAACUGUCAGCGUGUAGCGGUAGAAAGCUAGCUUAUUGUUGGCAGUUUAACGUACUUAUACAACGGCUAACGGUGCUUUAUUGUCAGAUAAUGGCAUCCCCGAAUUAUGACUCGGCCUGUUUACCGGAUUUAUUGCCGCUUUACUACCGACGGCUGUUCCCCUUCUCCCAGUAUUAUCGCUGGCUGAACUAUGGAGGAGUGCAGAAGAACUACUUUCAGAAUCGAGAGUUCUCCUUCACACUCAAAGAUGACAUCUAUGUCCGCUACCAGUCGUUCAGCACGCAGGCCGAGCUGGAGAAAGAAAUGCUGAAGAUGAACCCGUACAAGAUUGACAUCGGAGCCAUUUACAGUCACAGGCCCAAUCAACACAACACAGUGAAGUCAGGAACCUUCCAUGCCCUGGAGAAGGAGCUGGUGUUUGAUAUUGAUAUGACAGAUUAUGAUGAUGUCAGAAGCUGCUGCAGUGCUGCAGACAUUUGCUGCAAGUGCUGGAUCCUGAUGACCAUCGCCAUCCGCAUCCUCGACAGAGCUCUUCGAGAUGACUUUGGUUUCCAGCAGCUGCUGUGGGUUUAUUCCGGCAGAAGAGGAGUGCAUUGCUGGGUGUGUGAUGAAGCUGCCAGGAAGCUCUCUGUAGCAGCGCGCUCUGCAGUUGCAGAAUACCUUAGCCUGGUUAAGGGAGGUGACGAGACGGUGAAGAAAGUUGUGCUCACAGAUCCAAUUCAUCCUUUCAUCAGGGAGUCUCUGACGUUGGUGGAGCGAUACUUUCCCCAGUACGCACUACAGGAACAGGACAUACUGGGCCGCAAGGAAUCUGUAGACAAAGUGUUGGCGCUCAUGCCGGAAGAUGUGAGAAAAGAAUUGCAGCAAGACUUCCAAAACGAGAAGAAACCAGAGAACCGUUGGAAGCUGGUGAAGGAUCAAGCCAAAAGGAAACAGGGCACUUCCAAAAAGGGCCAAUACUUUGAGAAAGAAAUCAUGCUGCAGUAUUGUUACCCGCGGCUCGACGUGAACGUCAGUAAAGGGGUGAACCAUUUGCUGAAGAGUCCCUUCAGUGUCCACCCCAAAACAGGGCGCAUUUCUGUUCCCAUGGACCUCAAAGAAUUAGAGACGUUUGAUCCUUUUGCUGUGCCCACAAUCAGUCAGAUCUGUGAGGAGCUGGAUCGACCGAGGACAGGCGAAGACGAAGAGAAGUCCGAGGACGCCAAGGAGAAGGAAAACGAGAAGGACGCAGCCGAGAGACGAAAGAUCAGAGAUUACAAACGAACCAGCCUGGCGAAGUAUGUGAAAUACUUUGAUCAGUUUCUGGAUGGGUUGGCUCGCUCGUGGAAAGGAGAACUUCUCAAAAAAAGUGAUCUUCAGAAAGACUUCUGAACUGGAUCAACAAUCGGGACGUGAUGCAGAAGACACAUUGUUAAUAGCUCCUUAUUGCUUAAUCUGUUUAAUUUCACUCGUCAGAGACUCUGUAAUAAUACAUUCAUAAACAAAAUAUAUGCAAAUGAUCUCCUUACUCAAGAAUACCAAUGUCAUGUUGUUUGCCUGUUCUUUUUCUAUUGUACAGUCAUUUGUGAAAAUAAAUUUGAUA